CAUGGCGUCCAAAUUACAUUCAAGGAGAAAAUCGGCACGGCGGGACGUGGUGGGUACUUUGACAGUAUUGGAAUCAUCCGUGACGUGAUCCAGAACCACCUCACACAGAUUCUUUCUUUAUUGACGAUGGAAAAGCCGCGUUCACUCAGUGCUGAGGACAUCCGUGAUGAAAAGGUCCAGGUUCUCAGACAGGUGGUCCCUGCGAACCCAGCAGAGUGUGUGCUGGGUCAGUACACGGCGUCCGCAGAUGGUUCCACACCUGGCUACCUUGACGACCCCUCUGUACCGAAGGGCAGCCGUUGCCCCACCUUUGCUGUGCUUCGACUGCACGUGAACAAUGACAGGUGGCACGGUGUCCCUUUUAUCAUCCGGGCCGGAAAGGCACUCGAAGAGCGUCUGCUUGAUAUUCGUAUUCAGUUCAAGGACGAAAUACGUCCCUUCGGUGAAAGCACGCAGCGCAAUGAACUUGUGAUCCGCGCCCAGCCGUCGGAAGCGAUGUAUCUGAAACUCACUGCAAAGACACCGGGGUUGCUGAACGAUACUCAUCAGACGGAACUUGACCUCACGUACGAGCGGCGCUACGACGUUACACUUCCGGAUGCGUAUGAGAGUCUUAUUUACGAAGCUCUUCUCGGGAACUCGACCAACUUUGUUCGUGUAGACGAGUUGGACGCUGCAUGGCGGAUUUACACACCGCUUCUCCACGCCAUUGAACGCGGGGAGGUGAAGGUACUGCCCUACGCGGCGGGUUCGUGCGGGCCAGAGGAAGCCCAGGAGUUUAUUCGAAGUUCCGGAUAUAAGACAACAAAUGGGAACGCACAUAAGUGUUCGAACGCGUAA